AGACCCACGAUUAACCCACUUUACAAUACAACGAUAUUUUAGUAUAAUUCUCCGUCUUGAACACAUUCACGAAUGUACUCGGAGUUGCGGAACAGGUGGGUCGAACCCACCCAAGGCUAGGUUUAUGUGUUUGAUGAACUUGUAUUUCCUCAUCUUCUAAUGCGGAUUGUGAAGUAAUUCUUAAAACAAAAAUCAGAAAAUCAAGAGAAGUAGAAAAACAGGGAUGACGAUGACGAUUACUUGCAAAGCUGCCGCGGCUUAUAACACCAUAUUUACCUUCCUGUCUCCAUUAAUGGUGUUUUUCUGUUAGAAGGCAAAUCAGUUGGAACUUGCAAUACUCAAGAAAUGAAGAUUACUCCUAAUUUCAGAUAUUCUGCUUCCAUUGGUAAAUCUUCAACUCUUGUUCUUCCUUGUAUUAAUUUCCCUUUCAAUUUCAUCUCUCAUUUUUAUUUUUCACGACAUUUUUCCAGUAAAACAAUUAUUGCAAUUGAUGAUCGUAAACUAUUUCUCAAUUCUGUUAAAGAACAAUGCAAAUUAGGGUUUUCCGAUCUCAAACUUCCACAUUCUCUCUUCAAUCAAUUGACCUCUUUGCGUCCUCUUCCUUCUAUCGUUGUUUUCAGUCAGCUAUUCACUGCCAUUUCCAAAUUGAAACACCUUCAUCGUCAUUCCACCAUUGUAUCUUUCUUCAGGCAGCUUGAAUUACUGGGUAUUCGAUCUGAUAGGCAUUCGUUGGGUAUGCUUGCCAAUUCUUACUCCCAUUUGGGUCGCGUUGAUUUCGGGUUUUCUCUUCUGGGUAAAAGCCUUAAGCUUGGUUAUCCUCCUGAUCAUAUUUUCUUUAACACAUUAAUCAAUGGCUUUAUCAUUAGUGAUAAGCUCCCUCAAGCUGUUCAAUUGUUGGAUAAGACUGUUAAGUUAGGUUUCCAACCUGACAUUGUUACCUGUGGUGUUAUGGUUAAAGGGCUUUGUAGGAUCGGCGACAACGCCGGUGCUCUCAAUUUGCUUAACAAAUUGCAAUCUUCUUGUCAUUGUAAGCCUAACCUUGUCAUAUACAGUACAAUUAUUGAUAGUCUUUGUAAAGAUAGGCUGUUGCGAGAGGCUCUGAACCUGUUUUCCACUAUGAAAACGGAGGGCAUUAAACCAAAUGUUAUCACUUAUAACUCCUUGAUUCGAGGCCUCUAUAAUUCUGGAUGUGGAAAAGAGGCUAAGCAUGUGUUGACUGAGAUGUUAAAGAGCAACAUAGUACCAACUGUUGACACCUACAGCAUUCUGGUUGACAUGUUUUGUAAAGAUGGUAAUGUUGAGGAAGCACAAGCCAUAUUGCAGUGCAUGACUGACAAAGGUGUGGCUCCAAACAUUAUUACUUACAAUGCUUUACUCGAUGGUUAUUGUUUGCGUGGUCAGAUGGAAGAUGCGGAAAAGCUACUUCACCUCAUGAAACAAAAAGAUUGCGAGCCUAAUCUUAUCAGUUUCAGUACUAUAAUCAAUGGUUAUGUCAAACUCAAAGACAUUGACAAGGCUCUUACUAUAUUAGAAAAUAUGUUUGAGAAAGGGAUAACACCAGAUGUUGUAACCUAUUCAACUCUUAUUGAUGGCUUGUGUAAAUCCAAUAGACUUAAACCUGCACACCAGUUGUUCACAGAUAUGCAAGCUUACGGAGUUACUCCUAAUGUUGUCACGUAUAAUUCAUUGCUUGAUGGCUUGUGCAAAAGUGCACAGCUUGAUGAGGCAGUUGCAAUACUUGAAGAUAUGGACGAUAAAGGUAUUAAGCCUACUACUGUUACUUACAAUAUCUUAAUGGACAACUUAUGUGAGGUUGGGCAACUUGAAGACGCAGUAAUUUUCUUCAGUGAUCUUCAAUCUAAGGGUCUACAGCCUGAUUCUAAGACAUACAAUAUCAUGACUAAAGGAUUCUGCAAGGAGGGAUUAAUGAAAGAAGCUGAUGAAGUACUGAGAAAAAUGGAGGAAGAUGGUUGUUUACCCAAUGAUAUCACCUACAAUACUAUCAUAAGAGGAUAUAUUCUCAAUAAUGACUUUUCCAAGGCCUUAUACUAUCGUGAUCUUAUGGUUAGCAAAGGUUUUCAAGCUGAUGCACACACUAUCUCAUUAUUUGUUGAUCUCUUGUCUUCUGAUAAGCUAAGUGUUUCGUCUAAGGGCCUGCUUCAGAAGUUCCUAGAAUGACUUGAAGUUGAAAAUAAGAUGAUUGCGAAUCAUGAGAGAUUUUGGAUUAUGAUGAUCAAAGUUUCUGGUAAUGUUCUAUAACUGUGGUGAUCUUCCAUUCUUAUCUUCAAUCACAAGAUCAACUGAGGAGUUGGGUAGAGCCUUAGACAAAUGGUAAGUACUCUGGCUUAACAUUUUCAUGUUUUAGCUUUUCUAUAAUUACUUGGUUUUUUAUGUGAUUCUGUUUAAAGUUUUUAACUUUCCCUUGUUAAGCUAAUGUUGGCUUGCUGGCAUCUCGCUUUGUUACAUUUCCUGCUGGUCCUUGGAUCAUUGUUUUUAUUCUUCUAUUUUAGUCAGUAAAAAAUUGGCUUUUGAAAAAUGGCUAAAUGAUUCUGCUUUGACUAUAACUUGCUGGGCCUCUAGUUGAUCCAGUUUCUUGUUCUAUCACACAAAACAUGGUGGUUGUUGGAUUUGGGGAACAUAUUCUUUAUUCUCUGUCAUGUAGGAAAUGCGAACUGCAUCUGGAUUAAGGAUGCUCUGCAGUUGUAAUUCUUGUAAGUAUAAAAAUACAUAUCAGAAGAAAUAUAUUGCUGGCUAGGGGCUAUUAAUAUAAAACUUGCCCAAUUGCUCCUUUAGUUCUGAGGCAUAAUUGUACUCUACAUAGUAGCCACGUGUAUGUUCAUGCUUCCAUAUUCUUUACAUUAAAAUUUGUGCAAAUUUGAUUGGUUUAUAGAUAAUUGUUUGUAAUUUGUCUAUGGUCAUCCGGGCUUCACUUCCUUGUAAUCUAGACUUUGUUGAUUGUAAAUUUCUGAUGAUACCUUUAGGUAAUUAUAGAAUGACCUAGCUACCAUUAAGGGUCUUUUACACUAUAUUUGGAUAGCAUUAAUGAAGGGAAAGGGAAGGGAGGAAAGUAAAGAAGGGGAAGGAACGGAGGGGAGGGAUAGAGAAGCUUCCAUUAAUUUUCCAAUUCUUUCCAUUAUCUAGGAUUUUCCUUGUAUUGGAGUUGGAGAAGAAAACCUUCUUUGAAUUACUGAUCAUUUGAUGUGUCUCAAUCUAUCUGGCCAUAAUUUUCCAGUUCUUAACUAUUUCUUACCCCAAUUAUUCUAAUAUUUAUUGACUGUUAACAGCAAUAUAUAUCUACUGCAAGUGCGUGGUUGGUGUUACUGUACUAAGAAGUCUAUGAUGAAUGAUUUGUGUAAAUCGUGGACUCUUGGUGAAGAUUUCUAACCAAAUUAGCCAGGACUUUAUAGGUUGCUUCUACUUUCUACCAUUCAAAACAAAUUUUCUAGGUGUGUGAUGGUAUCUCGAUCAGGUGAUGUGUGCAUGACUGUCCUUGUUUGUUGCUUCUGCUUGCACAGACUUCUCAACGAAUUAACUCCAUGGAUGCUAAUAAGAUAUGCAUAUGUGUAUCCUACGUUCCUACUUGCCUACAUGACUUAUAAUGAACAUUAUUAUACCAUGAACACAAGUGUAAUUACUCAUGUGAUUGAGUGGGCUGUGGAUAGGGUUGUUAAUGAGCCGAAUCAACACUUUGUGGUUUGAGCUCUACAAUGUGCAAUAAUAGCAUAACAGAGGAAGUAUAUAGAUAUAGUUGCCCUCCAAAAAAAGAAAAAAUAAAUAAAAUUCUGUGGAAUAUAUGGAUGUGGAAAUAGACUUGAGAUGGGCAAGAAGUCUUGGUUUGUGCUUAUUUUUCUACCCCAUGUGGUAGACUAGUGAGUGGCGUAGUCUUCUUGUGCUUUUUUUUUUUUUGACAAAUGACUCCUUGUGCUUAUGUUCUCAUAGAAUGUUGAUUAGUAUAAAAAGUCUAGUUCCAUAGCAUUCGCUGCUCACUCAAACAAUCUACUUUUUUUAGAGAUCACACCAUGGCUUCUUGGUGGUCUGCAAUAUGCUUUUUGAUUUUCUUAGUUUCAUCAUUACUUUCUCUUGAUUCUAGUAAUAUGGCUCUUGCUAACAAUUCUGUUUCUGCUUCGUUGCAAUAUCCGAAGCAGUUAUGCCAUCAUCAAGAGAACUUAGCCUUGCUUCAGUUCAAGCAAAGCUUUCUCAUUACUUGUUCUGCAUCUAAAUCGGCCUUUGCACAUCCAAAGGUCAGAACAUGGCUGAAUGAAUCAUUUGAUGAUCAAGUGAAAAGCGGAACUAGCUUUCGUACUGGUGAUUGUUGUAGGUGGGACGGUGUCAAGUGUAACAAGGAGACAGGUCAUGUGAUUAGUCUCAACCUCAGUAGCAGCUGCCUUUACGGCACAUUUCCUCAAAAUAGCACUCUCUUUAGCCUUGAUCAUCUCCAAGUGCUUGAUCUGUCUGAUAAUGACUUCAACUUUUCUCAAAUCCCAUCUGCCAUUGAGCGCCUUUCCAAACUAACAAAGCUCAAUCUUUCUUCAUCCGAUUUCAGUGGCCAUAUUCCAAUGGGGAUUUUGAAAUUAUCCAGCCUCUCGAUUCUUGAUCUUUCCCUAUCGGCUGUAAGUGGCUCCAAAUUGGAAUUUCAGCAUGGUUUGAGUUUUCAGAAGUUGGUUAGUAAUUUAACUCAUUUAACCCGACUCUAUCUUAAUUUUGUUGAUAUAUCAUAUCCUGUGCCUGUUAGUUUAACCAACCUGACCUCUCUAAAAUCUCUCUCCCUUUCUGAGUGCAAUCUAUAUGGUAGAUUUCCACCAGGUAUUUUACUGUUGCCAAAGCUUGAACUUGUCCAUUUGAGUGGCAACAUCAACCUAGAAGGAUUUCUUCCAGAAUUUUCGUCUAAUAGCUCUCUUCAAAUUUUAGAUUUUAGCAGUACAUCAUUUUCUGGGGAAUUACCCCAUUCCGUUGGUAAUCUUGGCAGCUUGACUGAGUUAACCAUCUGGAAGACUGGUUUCACCGGACAAAUCCCAUCCUCAUUAGUUAACUUGACAAAGCUCACAAGCUUGACCCUCUCGGAUCUUAGUUUUAAGAUUUAUCCUUAAAUAUUAAACUCCUGGUUUAUUAAGCUCAGUAAACUGGAGCACCUAGCACUUCACAAUACGGGUUUAUGGGGUGAAAUCCCACCUGCUCUAGCAAACCUUACUCAACUCAAUUGGUUGGAUCUUAAUUCAAACCCACUAUCAGGUCCAUUUCCAGUUUGGCUAGCAAAUCUAACAAAGUUAAACUACUUAGAUCUACUUGGUAAUCAGUUUCAAGGUCCAGUGAUACCACCGUCGUUUUCUCAGCUGAUUAAUCUUAAAGCACUCUUAUUGUCUUCCAAUGGCUCAGUUGCCAUGUUUGACACCUUACUGAAACUUCCAUAUCUAAAUAUGUUAUAUUUGUCUGAUAUUAACCUUAGAUUCUUUCCUAAUGCAAGAACCAAUUCAUCCCUUCCCAAGUUUUCUGUCCUGGAACUUCAAUCAUGCAACUUAACAGAAUUUCCACAGUUCCUGCAUCAUCAGGAUAAUCUAAUGUUCCUAUCCUUCAAACAAAACAACAUUGUGGGCACCAUACCACAAUGGUUUGUGAACAGAACCUUAGACAGUCUAUCAGAACUCGACCUUAGUGACAACUUUUUAACAGGCUUUGAACAGCCACCUCAAGUCUUCCUCCCAUGGAAUAAUUUGGGGGCAUUGUAUAUUCAGGGAAAUAUGUUCCAAGGCCGACUUCUAAUUCCUUCAAAGUCCUUGCUAGUUUACCAUGCCUCUGGAAAUCAGUUGUCUGGAGACAUCCCGAAGCAAAUCUGCAACGCUAGUUCUCUUGCAUACUUAGAUUUGUCCAUGAAUAACUUCAGUGGUGGGAUCCAAACUUGUAUUGGUACUCAUCUAGGUAAUUCUCUGCAAGUCUUGAAUUUGCGUGGCAAUCGUCUUCAAGGCGCCAUUCCUCAAACAUUCACAAGGGCUUGUAAAUUGAAGAUGAUUAACUUAAGCGAAAAUCAAUUGAAGGGACUGUUACCAAAGUCAUUGUCCAAUUGUCGAAUGCUUGAAGUACUUGAUGUUGGAAAAAAUCAUCUUAAUGACACUUUCCCAUCAUGGUUAGGAGGUAUUCCCAAGUUGAGUAUUCUUGUCUUGAGGCAUAACAAUUUUCAUGGUAGGAUACCAUCUCCGGAACCUGGUGAUCAUUUUAGUAGCUUAAGAAUAAUUGACCUAUCUAAUAAUUUUCAUACUGGUAAUUUACCUUACACAUACCUUCGAAACUGGCUUUCGAUGAAAGUUACAAGCGAAGCUCAGUUGAAUUCAUCUAGCUCUGAAAUUGAGAUCCAUAUUAGGAGUGGUUCAAAUAUAUUUAUUACAUUGCAUCAACCUUACUCCUAUAUAAUCACCAUCAGCAAUAAAGGCAGUGAAACAGUAUACUCGAAGAUAUUGACCGUGUUUCGAGUGAUUGAUUUUUCAAGCAAUAGCUUCACCGGAGGAAUUCCGGUUCUUCUUGGAAACCUAAGAGGACUUCAGGCACUUAACUUAUCCAACAAUCAACUUCAUGGAGGUAUCCCAUCAUCUUUUGCAAAUAUUAUAGACCUUGAGGCAUUAGAUCUUUCUCAAAACAUGCUCUCAGGAGAGAUCCCACAACAGUUAACCGAGUUAACAUUUCUUGCGGUCUUCAAUGUCUCUCACAAUCGUCUCGAGGGACGGAUACCUCAAGGAGAACAAUUCAACACCUUUGAUAAUAGCUCUUUUGAUGGGAACUUAGCACUAUGUGGAUUUCCAUUGUCGGAGAAGUGUGAAAACACAGACUCUCCUCAACAACCACCGCCAGCAGUGAUAGAAGAGGACUCGAAGUUGAUUGACUGGAUAAUUCGAUCUUUGGGUUGUGCAAGCGGGUUUAUUGUAGGUUUUAUCAUUGGGAAAAUCUACAUAGCUGAUAGGCAUCAUGACUGGUUUACGGAAACUUUUGGAAGGAGGCGACCGAAGCCAAGAGCAAGGAGAUCAAGACAAAGUCGCAGGAGAAAUUGAUGAAUUUGCAGAGGUAAUAGGGUCUGUAGUAGGCAUCACUAUUUACUACUUGAGCAAGGAGAUAAAGACAAAGUCGCAGGAGAAAUUGAUGAAUUAUGCACUUUAUAAAUUUCCAUUGCUACUAGUUUCUGUAUGUGUUAUGUUUGAACAUGUUCCUGUUCUAUGUUCCCGCUUUUGUAUUUCCAUUAUGGACUAUAUAUGUGAUACUUAUGGUUGUUUGGUUGCA